AUGGGGCUCUGCGGGACCUCCGGCCAGCACGGGGUCCUGCUGGCCGGGGCACGGCCAGUGUCUCAGCUGCCCUGCAGCCGGGCUGGCUGUGGCCUGCAGCUCCGAGCUGGCCUGCCCAGCGCCUGCCCUCAGCCCCCGGGGGCUGCUGCUUUGCCGCCAGGGCGGCCCUCGGGUCCGGGGUGUUCGAGCCCGGCCGGCGCCAGCCUUCUGGACCCCCAGGCCCUGCAGGACAGAGACUGGCAGCGGACGGUCAUCGCCAUGAACGGGCCUGCUGCCCGCCCUCCCUGCAGGCGGGAGCGCUCCAAGGUGCCCUACAUCGUGCGCCAGUGCGUGGAGGAGAUCGAGCGGCGUGGCAUGGAGGAAGUGGGCAUCUACCGCGUGUCCGGAGUGGCCACGGACAUCCAAGCGCUCAAGGCAGCCUUCGACGUCAAUAACAAGGACGUGUCGGUGAUGAUGAGCGACAUGGACGUCAACGCCAUCGCGGGGACCCUGAAGCUGUACUUCCGCGAGCUGCCCGAGCCCCUGUUCACGGACGAGUUCUACCCCAACUUCACGGAGGGCAUCGCUCUGUCGGACCCCGUAGCGAAGGAGAGCUGCAUGCUCACCUUGCUGCUGUCGCUCCCGGAGGCCAACCUGGUGACCUUCCUCUUCCUCCUGGACCACCUGAAGAGGGUGGCGGAGAAGGAGGCGGUGAACAAGAUGUCCCUGCACAACCUGGCCACGGUCUUUGGCCCCACGCUGCUCAGGCCCUCGGAGAAGGAGAGCAAGCUCCCCGCCAACCCCAGCCAGCCCAUCUCCAUGACGGACAGCUGGUCCCUGGAGGUCAUGUCCCAGGUCCAGGUGCUGCUGUACUUCCUGCAGCUGGAGGCCAUCCCCGCGCCGGACAGCAAGAGACAGAGCGUCCUGUUCUCCACGGAGGUCUAGAGGCCCAGGCCUGCGUCCCCGUGACGGACAGAGUGGCCUGGAAGCCCCCUGGGAAGGGCUGGUCUGCAGAGCAGAGCCAACCCUCAGCACAGCAGGUGCAGGGCCAGCGCCUGCCAGGAGCCCCCGCGCCGGCCGUGAGCGGGGCCCGGCCGACAGCCGCGGGAGUGGUCUCCACGGACUGGACUUACCAGAGUACAACGGUUUCUGCUGGACCAGGACGCGCCCCCUCUGGGAGUCGGGGCGCGGAGGCCCCCGCUGCCGUGUCUUGAAUAAACGCUGCUGCUUCACCCCGGGGCGCCCUCCCUGGCUCAGCCCGCGGCCAGCCUCGGGCUCGCAAAGCCCCCUGGGCGCUGCGGGACGGACCCGCCCGCCCCUCUCGCCGGGCGCCCUCAGACGAGGGCCUUCCUCUCUCCCGCCCCGGGCCUGACAGGCCGCCCCGCGGUGUCCAGCUGGACGCCAGCCCGGGGACACCAGGCGUGCACUUUACGGCUUGUCCCCGGGGCCAGCCCCUGCCGCCCGCCGGACUGGGACAGCGGGGCCCCUGCUGGGCUGGCAGAGGCCUGGCCCUGGGCCGGCUGCGGGUCCCCGGGCUCCGCCCCGCCCCCAGGCGCCCCGACGCUCACCCCCGCUCUGCUCAACCACCUCAGUAAACUUUUGUAAGUUC